AUGCAUCCCUCUUUAGCGCCUCAUCUUCAUGGCGACUGCCUAGAAAUUAUACAGCAACUGUAUCGCUGUCACGAACAGGUUAGUAAUUAACGUCUUGUGUUGUAAACACGUGCGUGCCUUCUUGGCCAUGUUCUUGUGCUGUAUACAAUUUUUUUUUUCGCCUUUCUUUACAGCAUCCUGUUGGGAAAUUCCUAGGCGAGUGCAAUGACAUCAAAAGAGCAUUGAAUAGAUGUUUAAAAGAGGAGGUAUUUAAGUCUUUUUUAUCUGAUAUCCAUUUCACUUCAUUAGUUGAGGGGAGAUGUGUUAUGUAAUUCUGACUUUGAUUGCGAGGACGAAAUUCUCUGGUUUUGUCAUAUGGUAAUAUUUGUAGUAGAAUUUUUAUAAAAAGAGGUUUUAAAAUUUUGAUUUUGAACAUUGUCAGGGGUGUGAAUGAUAAAUCCGUCAAUAAAUAUGUUGAUAAAAAUUAAUGAUGAUGAAUAAAUUGAGUUGUUGUUCAUCCAGCUCAGCCCCGACUGAAAUUAUUGAGUAACAAAGUGUGACAUAACAGAAAUGGGAAUUUGUGAAAUUAUGGGAUUUGUUGUCAUCCUCUAUGAGACCCAGAUGAAAAAUGCUUGUGUACCAAAAAUCAGUGUGUUUGCACCAAUUGACGGUGAGAGAUACCACAAUCUUAGACAAAAACCUUGAAACACUUUGGAAAAUUCUGCUCCCUUUUGUUUUCCCCCUCCCUUUUGCAACGUUGUUGUAGCCAUGCAACUUUGCAAUAACAUCUCAACAUUGCAGGGGGAAAGGGACGUGCAUAGGUGUUUCAGGGAUUUUUGGUGAGGAUUGUGUGAGGUAUAAAAGGCCAUCUGGUUAUCAUUACACGUUAUUCAGACGUGGCGGCAUGCUCGAAGAAACAGCAAGCGUGACCUAUAGCGUGAGGUGUUUUGAUUUUAAGGGCUUUAAAUAUAUGACGAGAAUUUCUUUCUUGGCAAUCUUUACCGCUCAAAUUUUCCAGAACUGUUUCUCGAUUUCAAGGAGAAAAAAUUACAAUACCAACUUUAUUUAGAACAGGGAGCUAACCAAGAAGACAAGGGUUUGGUCAACAUUACUAAUUUCCAACAGCAGACCCAAUGCAGUCAAUGCAGAAUUGUACAAGACAUGAUAUCAAUGAGAACUAAUUUAAAUCCAAUAGUGAACAUAUUUUAAUUAGUAAGUGGAGACUUGCAUGCCAAAUUUGAGAGAAAAGUAAUUUUUCACUGAAUGGACAAAAUGGAAAUGAAAAAUACAAUUCUUAAUACCUGCAGUAUAGAGACGAAAAAAUGUGAUAAAACUCGAUGGAUAACUGUAUGCAGCGCCGAAUGGAAAUUCAGGAAAUUCAAGGAAAGAAAACAAAUUAACCCGAUACUGAGCAACUCACUGAGUUCUAUUUAAAUAGAACUCGGCCUGAUAUAAUUGCAUGAUGCAUCUGUUGCGUAAUGUAAACAGUCAUCGGUUAACCCCCCGUGUUAAUGCCACAGUUUACCAUUGUUUUUUGCUCUUGUUCUGUUUCAAAUGACUGUGUUUUGUAGCUUAAAAAACGGUUUGAUAUGAAGUUAACUAAAUAUCCAACCCAACUGUUAAGUUCAGAUCUGGCCACAGCAGGAAUUUCAGGGUUUUUACAACGGUUAACCAUACUGUGUAAUAAACAAAGAUGUCAACAGUGUUACUUUCAUAUUUAGCAACGGUAAACCGUUGACCCUUUUCUCCUUGUGAGCAGACAGCACUAGAAAGUAACAGUUGUACGCCUUGGAAACAAUGCUGUUAUUAAAGACGUUUUUGUUUGCAGAUAUAAAUACGUGCUUUGACUUUUUGAAAUCCACUGACACCGAAAAAACCUAAUGGUAAACCGUUGGGGUAAACCGUGGCCUGUGCACAUUACAUGACACAAGCAUAACGGAAUUAAUUCGGGGUGAGUCCCAUUUCAGUAGAAAUACGGUCAGUUCUAAGUUACCUGCCUAACAUUUACCUUUAGAAAUUACUCUUAUCAAGGAAAAAAUACUUCUGUAAAUUGGCUGUUCUAGCAAAGACAUUUCUUGUGCUAAAUCUUUGCAGGUCCUAGCACAAUUACACAGUUCUAAUGUGACAGAACAGCUCACAACUGCAAAUUCUGCUUGCAUACACUCACUCCCUUUCAAGUGACAAUUUCUUUUCAACACAACUCUUCUCCUUAGACACUUCACCUUCUCCUCUUACAUUCAGAAAAAAAAAUUCACAUAAUUUAUCGAACUUCAACAAACGUGUACAUCAUCAUUACCACAGAUGUUACAGAUGCAAGGCAGGCGCGUAGUCGCCACUAAAAAUGUUUAACUUUUAUUUGGCAUUUCUUGCGCAUGCUCCGAAAAUUUCACACCACUUCAGACAAUCUUAGACAAAAACCUUGAAACACUUUGGAAAAUUCUGCUCCCUUUUGUUUUCCCCCUCCCUUUUGCAUAGUUGCGUGGCUAUGUUGUGGUUUAAUUUUAUCCCUGGUUUAAUUUUUAUUUCCCAUUGUUUUAAACUCAUUAUCAUACAUUACCAUACCCCAAAACAAAGAGAAAUCAAAUUUAAACCAAGGAUAAAAUUGAACCACAACAUAGCCACGCAACUUUGCAAUAACAUCUCAACAUUGCAAGGGGAAAGGGACGUGCAUAGGUGUUUCAGGGAUUUUUGGCGAGGAUUGUGUGAGGUGUAAAAGACCAUCUGGUUAUCAUUACGCACUAUUCAGACACGGCGGCAUGCUCGAAGAAACAGCAAGCGUGACCUAUAGCGUAAGGUGUUUUGAUUUUAAGGGCUUUAAAUGUAUGACGAGAAUUUCUUUCUUGGCAAUCUUUACCGCUCAAAUUUUCGAGAACUGUUUCUCGAUUUCAAGGAGAAAAAAUUACAAUACCAACUUUAUUCAGAACAGGGAGCUAACCAAGAAGACAAGGGUUUGGCCAACAUUACUAAUUUCCAACAGUGGACCCAAUGCAGUCAAUGUAGAAUUGUCCAAGACAUGAUGUCAGUGAGAACUGAUUUAAAUCCAAUAGUGAACAUAUUUUAAUUAGUAAGUGGAGACUUGCAUGCCAAAUGCGAGAGAAAAGUAAUUUUUCACAGAACGGACAAAAUGGAAAUGAAAAAUACAAUUCUUAAUACCUGCAGUAUAGAGAAGAAAAAAUGUGAUAAAACUCGAUUGAUAACCGUAUGCAGCGCAGAAUGGAAAUUCAAGGAAAGAAAACAAAUUAACCCGAUACUGAGCAACUCACUGAGUUCUAUUUAAAUAGAACUCGGCCCGAUAUAAUUGCGUGAUGCAUCUGUUGCGUAAUGUAAACAGUCAUUGGUUAACCCCCCGUGUUAACGCCACGGUUUACCAUUGUGUUUUGCUCUUAUUCUGUUUCAAAUGUGUGUUUUGUAGCUUAAAAAAUGGUUUGCACUGUUCUAAUGUGACAGAACAGCUGACCAAACUGCAAAUUCUGCUCGAAUACACUCACUCCCUUUCAAGUGAAAAUUUCUUUUCAACACAACUCUUCUCCUUAGACACUUCACCUUCUCCUCUCACAUUCAGAAAAAAAAAUUCACAUAAUUUAUCGAACUUCAACAAACGUGUACAUCAUCAUUACAACAGAUGUUACAGAUGCAAGGCAGGCGCGUAGUCGCCACUAAAAAUGUUUAAGUCUUUUUUGGCAUUUCUUGCGCAUGCUCCAAAAGUCUCCCGCCACUUCAGCGAAUCUUAGACAAAAACCUUGAAAUGCUUUGGAAAAUUCUGCUCCCUUUUGUUUCCCCCCUCCCUUUUGCAGUGUUGUCGUAGCCACGCAACUUUGCAAUAACAUCUCAACAUUGCUUGGGGAAAGGGAUGUGCAUAGGUGUUUCAGGGAUUUUUGGCGAGGAUUGUAGCAUCCUUAUGUUCUGACAACUGCAUGCAAAUCCUUUGAAGGCCAAUUUUAGAGGAUUUGUAUGGAGUCUUAAAUAACUAUCUCUGUGCACAUAUUAGGUAUAAUCAGCAGGUCUGAGAGUAAAACCUCACCAAAUUCUUACAUGUUAAAGUAAAGGGAGAGUGGCAGUAUACUGACCCAACAACCAACGUGUACCAUCUCUAAUCACAAUAAUUAUUGACUCUAUAAUUAGCUCGGGUAGUAAGCAUUUCCAUGCAAGUUAUUGCACAUCUGCAAGAGUUUUCGCAAUAACUCAAGUGGAUGAGUAAUAACUAUGGCCAAAAUGGUUGCUACACAGGCUACUUGCCAAUUCUGAUCCACACUUUGUUGCAAUAAUAUUUAUUUCAUAUUGUUAGUUUUAUACCAGACUGCAUCCCCUGGGGUGACAGGCAAGGCUGCAUGUAAUAAUCAUGAUGCUAAGAACAUGCUCAUGCAACAUUUAUGGAUCUUUAAACAUUGUUCUAUUUUUUAUGACAGGAUUUAAGAAAAAGAAGAAGAAACCAAGAAGACGCAAAAAGAAAAAGAAAGACACUAAAAGAUUUGUGUUCAGCAAAACAGGAAUAAACACUAGGAUUUGUCAACAGAGUUAA